GAGCUCUGCAAAUAGAGAACAGCGAGGAGUCAGACCAAGGCAAAUAUGAAUGUGUUGCAACCAACAGCGCAGGAACCCGCUACUCUGCCCCAGCAAACCUUUACGUUCGAGAUCAGCGAGAAGUGCGGCGUGUUGCUCCUCGAUUCUCUAUCCCUCCGAGCAACCAUGAGGUGAUGCCUGGGGGGAGCGUGAACCUCACAUGCGUGGCAGUAGGUGCUCCGAUGCCCUAUGUGAAGUGGAUGGCUGGUGUGGAGGAACUGACCAAAGAGGAUGAGAUGCCCGUUGGUAGGAAUGUCCUGGAGCUGAACAACAUCAUGCAGUCUGCCAACUACACCUGUGUGGCCAUCUCCUCCCUCGGCAUGAUCGAAGCUACAGCCCAGAUCACUGUUAAAGCACUGCCAAAACCUCCAACAGAGCCAUUAGUGACUGAAACGACAGCUACCAGCGUGACCCUCACCUGGGAUUCAGGCAACUCCGACCCGAUUUCAUAUUACGUCAUCCAGUACAAGCCCAAAUCCUUGGAGGGUCAGUUCCAGGAGGUGGAUGGCGUGGCAACAACCCGCUAUAGCAUAGGUGGGCUCAGCCCCUUCUCAGAGUAUGAGUUCCGGGUCAUCGCAGUCAAUAACAUUGGCAGGGGUCCCCCCAGUGAGCUGGUUGAGGCCCGGACAGGAGAGCAAGCUCCUUCAAGUCCACCCCUCAAAGUCCAGGCACGGAUGCUGAGCGCCAGUACCAUGCUGGUCCAGUGGGAGCAGCCGGAGGAGCCAAACGGACAGAUCCGAGGGUACCGUGUUUACUAUACCACCGACCCGCAUCUGCCUUUGAGCAUGUGGCAGAAACACAACACUGAUGACAGCCAUCUCACCACCGUGGGUAGCCUCAUCACAGGGACCACGUACAGCAUCCGUGUUCUGGCCUUUACUUCGGUGGGCGAUGGGCCCCCCUCGGACAUCAUCCAGGUCAAAACACAGCAAGGAGUUCCUGCCCAGCCGGCUGACUUCCAGGCAGAAGCAGAGUCUGAUACCCGCAUCCUGUUGACAUGGCUGCCUGCCUCUCAGGAGCGCAUUACCAAGUAUGAGCUGCUGUACUGGGAAGGGGAGGAUGGCACUCAGCAAAAGGUGGAGUUUGACCCAACCUCCUCAUACGCUGUGGAAGGUCUCAAACCAGACACGCUGUAUAAGUUCCGACUGGGUGCCCGCUCAGAGCUGGGAGUAGGAGUCUACACGCCCACGAUCGAAGCCCGAACUGCCCAAUCCACCCCCUCCGCCCCACCCCAAGAAGUCGAGUGUGUAAGCACCAGCUCCACUACCAUCCGGGUAAGUUGGGUGCCACCACCUGCCCAGAGCCGCAAUGGGGUCAUCACCCAGUACUCCAUUGCGUACCAGGCAGUGGAAGGAGAUGACAACACCAAGCAUGUGGUGGAUGGCAUUGGACGGGAGCACUCCAGCUGGGAGAUCAAGGACCUGGAGAAAUGGACCGAGUACAAGGUGUGGGUAAGGGCUCACACGGAUGUGGGGCCAGGACCGGAGAGCAUCCCUGUGCACGUGCGCACUGACGAGGAUGUGCCCAGUGCCCCACCGCGAAAGGUGGAGGUAGAGUCUGUGAAUUCAACUGCCAUCCGGGUGAGCUGGAAGCUCCCCAUCUCCAACAAGCAGCACGGGCAGAUCCGCGGGUACCAGGUUACAUACGUGAAGCUGGAAAACAACGAGCCCCGGGGGCAGCCAGUGAUCAAGGACGUCAUGCUGUCGGAAGCACAGUGGAGAGCUGAGGACUCCGUCGACCAUGAGACAGUCAUUGGAGGCCUGCUGCCGGAAACCACCUACUCUGUCACAGUCGCUGCCUACACCACCAAAGGAGAUGGUGCCCGCAGCAAGCCAAAAGUCAUCACCACCACAGGGGCAGUCCCGGGGAAGCCCACCAUGAUGAUUAGCACGACAGCCAUGAACACAGCCCUCAUCCAGUGGCACCCACCCAAGGAGAUGGUAGGGGAGCUGCUGGGUUACCGGCUGCAGUACAGACGUCUUGAUGAGGAAAAGAUGAACACAAUAGACUUCGGGAAGAGAGACCAUCACUACACUGUGACCAACCUGCACAAGGGGGCCACAUACCUCUUCAAAUUAUCUGCCAAGAACAGAGCUGGUCCAGGAGAGGAGUUUGAGAAGGAGAUCACUACUGCAGAAGAUGUGCCAAGUGGCUUCCCGCAGAACCUGCGUGUGGUGGGUCUCACCACUUCCACCACAGAAGUUGCAUGGGACCCACCGGUCUUGGCAGAAAGAAAUGGCAAGAUCGUCAACUACACAGUGGUAUACAGGGACAUAAAUAGCCAGCAGGACCUGGUUAACAUCACCAAGGACACAAGUAUCACUUUGAUGAAUUUGAAGCCCGAUACCACUUAUGACAUCAAAGUGAGGGCCCGCACCAAUAAGGGUGUUGGGCCGCUCAGCCCCAGCAUCCAGUCCCGGACUAUGCCUGUUGAACAAGCAGUGUUUGCUAAGAACUUCCGUGUCAAUGCCGUCAUGAAAACGUCUGUGUUGCUGAGCUGGGAAGUGCCUGACUCCUAUAAAUCUGCAGUGCCUUUUAAGAUUCUGUACAAUAGCCAGAGUGUGGAGGUGGACGGCCACUCGAUGAAGAAACUCAUAAGUGACCUCCAGCCAGACACAGACUAUUCUUUUGUGCUAAUGAACCGCGGGAGCAGUGCUGGGGGGCUCCAGCACCUCGUCUCAAUCCGCACCGCUCCUGAUGUCUUGCAAAGCAAACCCAUCGCCACGAACAAGUACAUACAGGAAGGAAAAUUCACGCUCACCCUUCCCAAAGUCCAGACCACUGUGCCAGUUAGGUGGUACUACAUCGUGGUUGUGCCAGCAGAUCAGAGUGCCAGCAGCCCAACUGCUCGGUGGCGAACACCUGAUGAGAUGGAGCUGGACCAGCUGCUGGAGGCCAUAAGCCAAGGGAAUCAGAGCAGGCGCCAGCGACGCCAAGCAGACAGACUCAAGCCCUACAUUGCAGCUCAAGUGGAUGUGCUGCCUGAGACCUUCACCCUGGGGGACGAGAAGAACUACAAAGGUUUCUACAACAAGCCCCUGUCUCAAGACCUGAGCUAUCGCUGCUUCGUGCUGGCCUCACUGGAGGAUGGAGACACGAAGAGAUACGCAGCCAGCCCCUACUCGGAUGAGAUUGUGAUGGAAGUGGCUUCAGCGAAGCAGCAGGAUGAGCCGGAGAUGCUGUGGGUGAUGGGACCCGUCCUGGCCGUGAUAUUAAUCAUCAUCAUUGUCAUUGCUAUACUCCUCUUCAAAAGUAAGCAAGAAAGGAAAAGGGCACACUCCCCCUCUUCGAAGGAUGAGCACUCCAUCGGCCUGAAGGACUCGCUUUUGGCCCACUCCUCUGACCCGGUUGAGAUGAGGCGGCUCAACUACCAGACUCCAGGCAUGCGUGACCACCCCCCCAUCCCCGUGACGGACCUCGCCGACAACAUCGACAGGCUGAAAGCCAACGAUGGGCUGAAGUUCUCCCAGGAGUACGAG